UUAUGGUGGAGAAUGGAAGGGGUAAUUAAAAUUUGUAAUCCAGAAGAAGCUAAAGUGGAUGAAAGAAAAUCCAUGUUACAUGGGUAUAUUGAUCACGAAGAUUAUAACAGGCUUCCGGAAUUUACUUGGGAAGAAAUAAAUGAUCGCGUUCAUUCUGGCGCAUACUUGGUUGUAUGUGAUGGAUUGGUAAUUGAUAUUAGAAAAUGGAUUGGAGUUCAUCCGGGUGAUUUUUAUAAUACACAUCAAGAAAAUGAUAUCAAAGAAGAUGUAAUGACAGCAGAUACACCAUUGUUAUCAACCUAUAGAACCAAUUAUAACAGCUCAUCAAUUCUUAAUAAGUAUAGUUCUAUUUUAAAAGGAGAUGUUCCAAACAAAGGUUCCGGUAUAUUGAAGAAUAAAAACGUGGCUAAGGCAGUUGAUAAUCUUAAUAUAAAGUAUUUUUCAAAAUCGCCAUUAGCUAGUCACAGACAUAGUGUAUUUGCAACAAGAAAAUUGGCAAAUAUGACUAUAGGUAAAUUAAAUGAAAACUCUUCAGAAAAG